AUGGAACUAUUCAUGCGCCCAAUAGCCGAUCUAGAAAGUCGCGAGCCUAAUGGAUCUUUUCCACUGGACGGGAAGGAUCUUAAUUCUGUCACAGAUGAGGCUCUAACAACUCUUCUCACAACUUCUCCUAUUCUCCAUCAGUUAGGCGGAACGACGGUUGUGCGGCUGUCAGAGAUUUUAAUCAUGAAGGGUGGCGGGAGUGUCAUGACAAGCGAAGUAGAAAUGCUUCUUCUUAUUGCUUCCAGAACCGCUAUUCGAGUCCCACGAGUCUAUCGCGCGUUCCAGCUAAAAUAUGAUACACAAUACUUUGGUAUAUCUGGGUAUAUUGUCAUGGAUUUUAUCCCAGGCCAACCGCUGGACGAGUGCUGGAACGCCCUAUCCAGUGACACCCAAGGCAGAAUCGCAGCGCAAGUUGCUGAAAUGAUCCAAGAGAUGCAGUCCAUUGAGCUUUUAAAGCCCGGCCCCAUUGGUGGAGGGCCUUGUUGGGCUCGGUUCUUCACAGAUUAUAGUGCUGGGCCUUUUAUGGACACUGCUAAAAUGGAAGCUUGGUUUAAUCACAAGCUGGAAAUCAGCAAGAGCGUUAAUAAGGCCCCAAGGGACGUUCCGCCAUUCUCUCUUACCAAGUUUGUCCUUACACAUCACGAUAUUAGUCCUCGAAAGUUGAUCUUGGAUCAGCAUGAACAGGUGUGGUUGAUUGACUGGGCAUAUUCUGGUGCAUAUCCUCCUGUCUUUGAAAGCGCCGCAUUGUCAAUCCAGCCGUCUUUCACUGAUUUCAAUGAAGCGGUAUUAUCCCUUAUUCCACGUUACCCUGAGGAAGAAAUACAACUUGAUGCUAUUGCAUAUGGGUCAACCACCGCCGCAUUGGCAUAA